AAGAAUGAAGACUUCGUUUUUUUGGAAUCACUGAAAAGCCUUAAAAGGAGCUUGGUAAUAAAAAAAAAAAGAAAGCAACCCCAAUGCAAACUGAAACAACCAUGUCUGGAGAAGUACGUUUGAAGCAGCUGGAGCAGUUUAUUUUGGAUGGGCCAACUCAGACUAAUGGGCAGUGCUUCAGUGUGGAAACCUUGCUGGAUAUACUCAUCUGCCUUUAUGAUGAAUGUAAUAAUUCCCCCCUGCGAAGAGAGAAGAAUAUCCUUGAGUAUCUAGAAUGGGCCAAACCUUUCACGUCUAAAGUGAAACAGAUGCGACUACAUAAAGAAGACUUUGAAAUCCUGAAGGUCAUUGGCCGAGGAGCCUUUGGGGAGGUUGCGGUAGUAAAGCUGAAAAAUGCAGAUAAAGUUUUUGCAAUGAAGAUACUUAAUAAAUGGGAGAUGCUGAAGAGAGCUGAAACAGCCUGUUUUCGAGAAGAGAGAGAUGUGUUAGUGAAUGGAGAUAACCAGUGGAUCACAACGUUACAUUAUGCAUUCCAGGAUGAAAACUAUUUAUACCUGGUUAUGGAUUACUACGUCGGAGGAGACCUGCUUACUUUGCUCAGCAAGUUUGAGGACAGGCUCCCUGAAGACAUGGCUCGUUUUUAUUUGGCCGAAAUGGUGAUAGCUAUUGAUUCCGUUCAUCAGCUGCAUUAUGUCCAUAGGGAUAUUAAACCAGACAACAUCUUGAUGGAUAUGAAUGGGCAUAUUCGAUUAGCAGAUUUUGGUUCUUGUCUGAAACUGAUGGAAGAUGGAACGGUGCAAUCUUCAGUGGCAGUUGGCACUCCAGACUACAUCUCUCCAGAAAUUUUGCAGGCCAUGGAAGAUGGAAAAGGGAAGUAUGGGCCUGAGUGUGACUGGUGGUCCCUAGGCGUUUGCAUGUAUGAAAUGCUGUAUGGGGAAACGCCCUUUUAUGCAGAGUCCUUGGUGGAGACCUAUGGGAAAAUAAUGAACCACAAAGAGAGAUUUCAGUUUCCUGCUCAAGUGGCGGAUGUCUCUGAAAGUGCAAAGGACCUCAUUCGAAGGCUCAUUUGUAGCAGAGAACAUCGACUUGGACAGAAUGGGAUAGAGGACUUUAAGAAUCAUCCUUUUUUUGCUGGGAUUGACUGGGAUAAUAUUAGAAACUGUGAGGCACCUUACAUCCCAGAAGUCAGCAGCCCCACUGAUACGUCAAACUUUGAUGUGGAUGACGAUUGCUUAAAAAAUUCUGAAACGAUGCCACCACCAUCACACACUGCUUUUUCUGGCCAUCAUUUACCAUUUGUGGGUUUCACAUACACAAGUAGCUGUGUGCUUUCAGACCGCAGCUGUCUAAGACUGACAGCUGGACCACCCUCCAUGGACGUUGAUGCCAGCAUCCAGAGAACUUUGGAGGAUAGCUUAGCAACAGAAGCUUAUGAGAGGAGAAUAAGACGUCUAGAACAGGAAAAGCUUGAACUCAGUAGAAAACUGCAAGAGUCCACCCAGACAGUCCAGGCUCUACAGUAUUCAACAGUGGAUGGCCCAAUAACAGCAAGCAAAGAUUUAGAAAUUAAAAGCUUAAAGGAAGAAAUUGAAAAGUUGAAGAAACAGGUGACAGCGUCAGGCCACCUGGAACAGCAGCUCGAGGAGGCCAGCAGUGCGCGGCGCGAGCUGGACGACGCUUCCCGCCAAAUAAAGGCUCUUGAGAAACAGGUCAGAACGCUGAAGCAAGAGCGGGAAGACCUGAAUAAGGAACUGGCAGAGUCUAGUGACAGAUUAAAAUCCCAAGCCAAAGAGCUGAAAGAUGCACACAGCCAGCGGAAAUUGGCCAUGCAGGAGUUCUCAGAGAUGAACGAGCGGCUGACAGACCUGCACUCCCAGAAACAAAAGCUUGCCCGCCAGCUCCGAGAUAAGGAGGAAGAAAUGGAAGUGGUGAUGCAAAAAGUAGAAAAUUUGAGGCAAGAGUUACGCAGAACAGAGAGAAUAAAAAAAGAACUGGAAGUCCAGGCUGAAGCUGCAGCUGCUGAGGCAUCCAAAGACAGGAAAUUGCGAGAGAGAAGUGAGCAGUACUCUAAACAGUUGGAAAACGAAGUAGAAGGGCUAAAGCAAAAGCAGAUCGGUCGCUCACCUGGGAUAAGCAGUAUAGAACACCAGCAGGAAAUCACUAAAUUGAAGGCAGACCUGGAAAAGAAGAGUGUUUUCUAUGAAGAGGAACUGUCUAAACGAGAAAUAAUGCAUGCUAAUGAAAUAAAAAAUCUGAAGAAAGAACUGCGUGAUGCAGAGAGCCAGCAGCUUGCCCUCAAGAAAGAAAUCAUGAUUUUGAAAGACAAGCUAGAAAAAACUAGAAGAGAAAACCAAAGUGAAAGGGAGGAAUUUGAAACAGAAUUUAAACAGAAAUAUGAACGAGAAAAGAUCCUGCUCACGGAAGAAAACAAAAAGCUUUCAAAUGAACUUGAUAAGCUCACCACCAUGUUCGAGAGGCUGAGUAUGAACAACCGGCAGCUGGAAGAAGAGAUGAGAGACCUGGCGGAUAAAAAGGAGUCCGUGGCCCACUGGGAGGCCCAGAUCACUGAGAUCAUCCAGUGGGUAAGUGACGAAAAAGAUGCUCGAGGUUAUCUUCAAGCCUUGGCUUCCAAAAUGACAGAAGAACUAGAGGCCCUGAGGAAUUCCAGUUUGGGUGCAAGAGCAACAGACAUGCCUUGGAAGAUGCGUCGCUUUGCAAAACUAGACAUGUCUGCAAGGUUGGAACUGCAGUCAGCUCUUGAUGCUGAAAUCCGAGCCAAGCAGGCUAUUCAAGAUGAGCUGAAUAAAGUCAAAGCUUCCUGUAUCUCUACAGAGUGUAAAUUGCAAGAAUCUGAGAAGAAGAACAUGGAACUGUUGACAGAUAUUGAAAGACUGAAAAAGGAGACAGAAGAGCUUAGAUCAGAAAAGGGUGUAAAGCACCAAGACUCACAGAAUUCUUUCUUGGCAUUUUUGAAUGCGCCUACCUCUGCUCUGGAUCAAUAUGAAGAUUCCUUUUCUUCCUCUUCAUCCUCAUUGAUUGAUUUUAUGGAUGGCCGCUCUCCUUCCUGUAUUCCAGCUAACAAAGGCAGACGUAUUGAUUCAGUUGAGAACUUUACAUUGUCUAAUACUGCAUCACGGGAUGAAGAUAUCAAGUCUCACCUCCAUUCGAGAUCAAGGUCUCCUUCUACAGCCAGUGAGAUUGAACCAAUUGAGGUUGUGGAUCAUCCUCCGUGUUCAAUUCACACGCCGACCAUGAGGACAGCCUAUAUUGGAUCGGGACUCUCUGCACCAAAGCCUAAAGCCCACCAAUUUGUAGUGAAAUCAUUUAAUACCCCAACAAAAUGCAAUCAGUGCACAUCUCUGAUGGUUGGUUUGAUAAGACAGGGCUGCACCUGUGAAGUAUGUGGGUUCUCCUGCCACGUAACCUGCGCAGACAAGGCGCCAGCAGUGUGUCCAAUCCCUCCUGAGCAGACCAAGGGUCCUUUGGGGAUAGAUCCACAGAAAGGCAUAGGAACAGCAUAUGAAGCCCAUGUCCGUGUACCAAAACCAGCUGGAGUAAAGAAGGGUUGGCAGAGAGCACUGGCAGUGAUCUGUGAUUUCAAACUCUUCCUGUAUGAUGUAGCAGAAGGAAAAGCAUCCCAGCCCAGUGUGGUAGUGAGCCAGGUUAUUGACAUGAGGGAUGAAGAAUUCUCGGUGAGUUCCGUCUUGGCUUCAGAUGUCAUCCAUGCAAAUCGAAAAGAUAUUCCCUGUAUCUUUAGAGUCACAGCUUCCCAGCUCUCUGCAUCCAGUAAUAAGUGUUCAAUCCUGAUUCUAGCAGACGGUGAGAAUGAAAAAAGCAAGUGGGUAGGAGUGCUGAAUGAAUUGCAUAGGAUCUUGAAGAAGAACAAGUUCAAAGACCGCUCAGUCUAUGUUCCAAAAGAGGCUUAUGACAGCACCUUACCCCUCAUCAAAACAACACAGUCAGCUGCCAUCAUAGACCACGAAAGAAUAGCCCUGGGUAAUGAAGAAGGGUUAUUUGUUGUGCACGUCACCAAAGACGAAAUUAUUCGUGUUGGUGACAAUAAGAAGGUUCAUCAGAUUGAGCUUAUCCCAAAUGAACAGCUCAUCGCAGUGAUCUCAGGGCGAAACCGUCACGUGCGACUCUUCCCCAUGGCUGCCCUGGAUGGAAGGGAGACUGAGUUUUAUAAGUUGGCAGAAACAAAAGGCUGCCAGUCUGUAGUUUCUGGACAUGCACUCCAUGGAGCCCUUACUUGCCUCUGUGUAGCUAUGAAAAGGCAGGUCCUGUGUUACGAACUGAAUCAGAGUAAGACACGCCACAAAAAGAUCAAAGAGAUCCAAGUCCAGGGGAAUGUCCAGUGGAUGUCAGUCUUCAGUGAACGUCUCUGUGUGGGCUACCAGUCGGGUUUCUUAAAAUAUCCCCUUCAUGGAGAAGGCAGCCCAUACAGUCUGCUUCAUCCGGAUGACCACACGCUAUCAUUUAUCUCACAGCAGCCAACUGAUGCCAUCUGUGCAGUCGAAAUCUCAAAUAAGGAAUACCUGCUGUGUUUUAGCAGCGUAGGGGUUUACGUUGACUGCCAGGGCCGAAGAUCGAGACAACAAGAACUGAUGUGGCCCGCAACUCCAACUUCUUGCUGUUACAAUGCACCAUACCUCUCUGUGUACAGUGAAAAUGCAGUUGAUGUCUUUGACGUGAACUCCAUGGAGUGGAUUCAGACUAUUCCGCUCAAAAAGGUACGACCCUUGAAUACAGAAGGAUCACUAAACCUUUUAGGACUGGAGACAAUUAGAUUAAUAUAUUUCAAAAACAAAAUGGCAGAGGGCGAUGAAUUGGUAGUUCCAGAGACAUCGGACAACAGCCGGAAGCAAAUGGUUCGCAACAUCAACAACAAGCGGCGCUACUCCUUCCGAGUGCCGGAGGAGGAGAGGAUGCAGCAGAGGAGGGAAAUGCUACGAGAUCCUGAAAUGAGAAAUAAAUUAAUUUCUAACCCAACUAAUUUUAACCACAUAGCACAUAUGGGUCCAGGAGAUGGUAUACAGAUUCUCAAAGACCUUCCAAUGAGCCUGCGGCCACAGGAGAGCCGCACCAUGUUCAGCAGCUCCGUCAGCAUCCCUUCGAUCACCAAGGCCCGCACGGAGCCGGGGCGGUCCAUGAGCGCCAGCAGCGGCUUGGCGGCAAGGUCAGCGGCGCAGAAUGGCAGCGCUCUGCGGAGGGAGUUUUCGGGAGGCAGCUACGGAGCGAAGCGCCAGCCCAUGGCAUCACCAUCGGACGGCUCCUUAUCCUCCGGUGGUCUGGACCAAGGUAGCGACACGCCCGCAAGGGACUACGAGCGAGAGGACUCUGACUCUCCAAGACACUCCACUGCAUCCAACAGCUCCAACCUCAGCAGCCCUCCCAGCCCGGUGUCGCCUCAUAAGACCAAGAGCCUCUCCUUGGAGAGCUCUGACCACGUGAGUUGGGACUCAUGAACUGCUUCAUUCCGCACUCAGAUUUGACAUCACAGCAGCUUAAUGUCCCCAUGGCUGUCUCCUCCACUUGCCCCAGUUCUCACCUUCAUCAUCCUAACCCUCCCCCUUCCCUUGCUGAGCGUGAGCGGGGAGUGGGAUAGAGAGGAAGGGAAGAGCUGGCCAUCUCCAGCACCAUUCAGCACCGCCUCACCCCCCACUUCCCCAGACCUAACAGCAGCAAAGAGCAAUGCUAGGGUGCUGGUAAAUAUCAGAUGCUGUAGAUUUGUAUUAGCAUUGGGUUCAUUUUUUGUGAUUACAGCUGCUUUCAUUUUUAAAGAUCUAUUUAUCCCACUCUCCACUCCCCAAAAAGUAGCCUAAGUAGACCAGACCAGUGUGAACAAGAGCCCAUUCAGAGAGGUUUUGUUUUCAUACACAAGCUCAUCGUACUGUACGAAGGUAGCACAGAGACGCACCCCCCCUCCCCCGCCCCACGCGGGGAGCAAUCAGUAUGUCAGAGGCACAUAAAAGCUUCCAGCCACCACGUUUGAAUGUCAAUCUGAUUGUCGCCAGCAAAUCCUUAUUGAUGAAGAUGAUGCAUAUUUUACUACAGUACAGAGUUUAAAUAAAUACGCAGAUGAUAGAGUUAAAUACGUAUGUAUAUAUUCAAAGAUAAAAGCAUUGUGUAUGCAGCAGAAGAUGGAUGCUUAUUUAAGAGAGCCUUUAAUUUAAGAUUUGUGUUGUCCCUGUUUUCAUGCUCAGUAAUGUAGAGACUUGGAGGCCUGGCCUAAAACCUUUGACAGGACGAUGUUCCUGUCGCCCAGCACUCACUGCACUGCCAGGAGCUGCUCUCCCAGUGCGGUCUCAA